AUGAACAAUUCGACAACGCCAGAAAAUAAUUGCGGAAUUGAACCGCAUGAUUAUCUGGAAGUCAAGUUUUAUCUGAUCAGUGUUGUUGGAACAUUGAUUGGAUUGUUUGGACUGUUUGGAAAUGCGACCACCGCGCUGAUAUUGACCAGGUGGGGAAUUCGGGGACAAAGAAAUAUUGCCCUUCUAAUUGUAAAUAAUAAAAAUAUUAUCCCAAUUUCCAGGCCAUCCAUGCGAAAUCCUAACAACUUAUUUCUAACCGCAUUGGCUGUUUUCGAUUCCUGUCUCCUAAUCACCGCUUUUUUCAUCUAUGCAAUGGAAUAUAUUAUCGAAUUUACACGAGAUUUUGAACUUUAUGUUGCCUGGUUAACAUAUCUCCGAUUUGCAUUUGCACUAUCGCAUAUUUCACAAACUGGAAGUGUUUAUAUUACUGUAGCAGUUACAAUUGAACGAUAUUUGGCGGUUUGUAAUCCGAGAAGAAGUAAAAUGUUAUGUGGGCCGGGUAAGUGCAACGGGAAUCCGGAAGUUUUGCUAAUUAAGAAUAAAAUAAUUAUUUUAGGUGGUGCUGCAUGGACGAUUCUUGGUGUCACUACUUUUGCAGUUGUUUUCAAUUGUACAAAGUUUUUCGAACUUCAGGUGAUUCUAGGGGGGUUUUUUUGAAUGGAAUUUUCAAUUUUUAUCAAAAGCCUCUUGAAUUUGUUGAAGCCUCUAGAAUUUUUCUCCAAUAACUUUUCUCAUUAAAGGUGACAAUCAAUCCAGAAUGCCCCGAUGGAAAUGAUUGGCAAAGCUAUAUUCUUCUACCUUCUGCUUUGGCAAGUAAUCCAAUUUAUCAACAAGUUUUUACACUUUGGAUAACUAAUUUCGUCAUGGUCUUCUUCCCAUUUUUAACUCUUCUACUUUUUAACGCAAUUAUUGCGUAUACAAUUCGACAAAGUCUGGAGAAGUACGAUUAUCAUAAUCAAAAGUGAGUGAUUUUCAUUUUCCCGCAAAAAGGGGCCUAGAUAAUUACUAGGCCACAUCUUUUGGUGCACUUCUUAAUUUUCCUAUCGAAUCUAAUUAUAAUUUUCCCACAAACCAACCAACCAACUUCUCUAAAUCAAAUAUAUCUAAUAACUAAUCCCAUUUCAGAACUGUUAUGGCAGCAUUAUCAGCAAGUGUAAACCUACCGCGAGACAUCGCCGGGUACUCUCUUUGCCGCGUUGUUUUUGAUUUUGAUUUCCAAAAAAAAAAGAACCUUAGGGGCUGCUUCUAACUUCUAACACGCUGAUUGAAAUGAUUUUUAUUUGGGUUGAUUGAAAGUUGCAUGUUAAAACUGCGCUGAUCUGAUUUGAGUGUGAUGAUUGUGCCUUCGUUAAUAUUUUCGGCAGAAUUAAUUUGAAUGCGUGCUCCAUUGAUAAAUUGGCUAUUCCAGUUUAUUGAUGGGGUUGAAUUUCUAAAUAUGGAAAAUUAAUUGUUGGUUUUCAGAAUUUCGAAUCGAAAUGAAUUGAAGGAAAAAAGUCGAGAAGCAACAUUAGUUCUUGUUAUUAUUGUCUUCAUUUUCCUUGGUUGCAAUUUCUGGGGAUUUGUUCUAACAUUAUUAGAACGUGUUAUGGGUCAGAGUUUGAUGUUAGAACAUCCCUUAUUCUAUACAUUCUCAAGAGAAGCCAUCAAUUUUCUCGCUAUUAUCAAUUCCUCAAUAAACUUUGUUAUCUAUCUUUUGUUCGGUAAAGAUUUUCGGUAAGUUAGGCUAAGUUCGCUUACACUUUUCAAUGACAUAUUUCUAAUCUUCCAGAAAAGAGUUGGUUGUUGUUUAUGGUUGUGGAAUGCGGGGAAUUACAAUGAGACUUCCGGUUCAAGAUAAAUUCACAAUUUGGAGACAUUGGACGAAGAGAACGAAAACAAUAAGAAGAUCAAUGAGUAUUUCAUCAAGAGCUAGACAUAAGGUAAGUCGAGCAUGAGCCCUAGGAAAUCUAUGUAAUGAACUUCAGAUCUCACUUCCUCAAACCGUCGUUGAACAUGCCAAUCUAGAAGGUCUCGAGCAAACCCGAUUUCUGGCAAAUCAUGAAGAUGGAAUUAUUACACAAGUUUCUCCAAUUCACGCAUUGCGAAAUGGCAACGGUAAUAAAUAUGCCUCUUUUUGUUUAAAAGCCUCCAUCUCAUUUUUUUUCAGGAAAUAUAGCGAAAUUCGUGGAGCUUAAUGGUCAAGCUAUCACAACAACUACACACAGUGAACUUGUGUGA